AUGACUGCCAAGGCCACUGCCACUGCGGCUACGGGACCCCCGGGGGCCCCUGGGGCCCCGCGGGCUUCCACGCCCAUUUUGUGUGGGCAAGAGCUGCAGCAGCAGCAGCAGCAGCAGCAGGAGCAGCUUCAGGAGCAGCAGAAGCAGCUCCUGCUGCUGCAGCAGCAGCUGCAGGAGUACCAGAUGAGGCUCAGGCGGAAGUGCCCCCUGGGAACUGUUGGCUGCGAAUGCGCUGAAGUCGAUGCUGCAGUUGACCUGUUGACAGCAGCAGGAGAUCCUGCUGCUGCUGCUGCUGCUGACGACGACUCAGCAGCAGCAGCAGCAGCGGCAGAGCCUGCAGCAGGAGCAGCAGAGGUAGCAGCAGCUCGAAAGCUACUGGACCGCUUUGUGUGGCGGCGUGGGUCCUGGCGUCGCUGCAUUGCUGCUGUUGCUGCUGCUGCUGCGCUGCAGCAGCAGCAGCAGCAGUGCCCUGCGCAGCUGCCGCCGCUGUUUGCUUGUUCAAACAGCAGCAGCAGCAGCAACAGUGCAAGCAGCAGCAGCAGCAGCAACCAAAGUAGACCAGCCUUUGGACCAUCCACUUUCGAAACUGAAGGUGCAAAGCCUUCAGCAGCAGCAGACGCGGCUGCUGCUGCUGCAGAUGGUGCAGCGGCAGCAGCAGAUGCUGGUGCAGUAACAGCCGCGGCAGAGAGCGACACCUCAGCACCAACAGCAGUAGCAGCAGAGAGCGGCUCAGCAGCAGCAACAGAAGCAGCAGCAGAGACCAGCACAGCAGCAGCAGCAGCAGCAGCAAGAACGCGAAAACUUCUGCUGGGUCGCUGCAUGUUUGCUGCUCGGGCGCUGCGGCUGCUGGCCCGAAAAAGCCUACCGUGGCUGCAGGUGCCGCCGCUUGCUGCUGACGCUGCUGCUGCUGCUGCUGCUGAUGCUGCAGCAGCAGAAGUAGCAGCAGCAACUCUUGAGCCGCCUUUUCACAACAACUUGGAGUGCGUCUGUAUAGACACCCAGCAGCAGCAGCAGCUGCCGCAGCAGGUGCUUGCAGCAGAGCCUGUGGGGCCCUCGCUGCUGCUGCACCGCAGCUGCGUCUCCCUCAUCGAAGCCUGCUGGUCCUGCUGCAGCAGCAGCAGCAGCAACAGCAGCAGCAACGCGUGGAUUCCUCCCCUUGCUGUCUUGGAGGAGCUCACCAGCAACAUUUCAGAGGGCGCAGCAGCAAAGCCCGCUGCGGCGGUGCAUGCGCUUGGUGGCUCUGGGGCUUCAGCAUCAGCAGCAACAGCAGCACGACGAACAGGUCUUGCUGCUGCACCGGCACCUGCUGCAGCUGCUGCUGCUGCAGCACAUCAUCACAGCAGCAGACGACACCCAAAUCUGCUGCUCGCCGCUGCAGCGGCAGCGCUUCCUUGCUGCGCUGCUCACUGA